CGCCUACCAAACACCUUCAUAGAUAACUCGUCCCCAAGCCUGAGGGGUUUUUGUUGUGGCUGAUACUCGACAAGCUUUGAAAUAACAGAAAGUGCCGGAGUGAUUCUGUGAGACAAGAAAAGAUGACUAGUAAUUUGCCCUCCCUUCCCUCAGAAGUAAUUGAAAAGAUAGUUGCUUUCUUGCCGCUGCCAGACGUCUGCAUCUGUAUGUUGGUAUGCAAAGAAUGGAAAGAAAUGUUUUCAUCAGAGCAGUUUAGUAAAAAUUAUGUGCUCAACCAUUACAAUUUUGAUGAUGAAGAACAACCUAGUGGACAUCUUUAUGCGUGGUCUGACCCAGAGGAAUGGUUUCAUUACUGGGAUGACAAUGAAGAUAAUUCCAAUGUGUGGGUGUUUUCUAAUCCUCCAAAGCGCUGGAAAUGUGGCAUUGUUCAUUUAGCAAGUUACUCACUUGUCUCAGAUAAACAGCUAAAGUAUAAAAGUUUCCUCCGGGCUGUGUACAUUUUGAGCAGAAUAAAGAAGGCUGCAGAGGAGCUUGGACUGGAUUGUGGUGCUUGGGCAAAUGAAGGCUCUGGAUUGAUAGAAACAUGCUUAUUUCCUUGGGAUAAAGAUUCCCUCCCCACAGCUACAGAUAUAAUUUCACUUUAUGGUUUCAAUCCUGAGAUGCAAAAGAACCCACUGGUGAGGGGUGAAGGUGAAGACAAGGAUAGUGGUGAUGAAAGUAGUGAUGAUGAGGAAGAUGGAGGCUGUGUUCGUUGGAAGUCUUUAAGUACAUCAUAUGAUGUUGAUGUGAAGAAAGCUCAUGCUUUCUUUGACUGGAUGAAGGAAAUUUUUUCCCCUUAUAUUCAAAUUGGUAUAGGUUGUGAUGCAAUGAAUCCAGUUCCUUGUUUCAUUUUGGCAAAACUUGCUCCAGGUUGGGUGGGGGGUUUACUUUCUUCAUUGGCUCUGACUUAGUCUAGUUUGUGCAUGUAUUAUUCAUUAAAUUGAAAGAAUGACAUUGUGAAUUAGAUAAUUAAUUUAAUGCAAAAAUACUUCCCAUUGAGAGAAGUUACAGCUAGAGUUAAUCCUCACUAACAGACAAAGACUAAUGUGUUGAGGAAGCAAAAUACACUACACUGCAAAUAAAUACUAAAUAAACACAUACUAUAACAAAAAAGACAUAUGCACAUUAUACAGUUACUGGAAAUACAUAAAUCUAUACUUUACCCCAAUGCAUUCAUAUUUAAUCUAAGUGAAUCACAUGCAAUUUCUAGGGGGGGGAGAGGGGGGUACAAUUAUAUUAUAGAAAAUCAUGAGACCAUGAGCACUUUACCAAAUAGGUUCUACAUGUUGUUAAAGUUGUUUCAUUGAAUAAAUAUUGAGAAAAGAUUAUUUCUGAAGCUAACAAAAUUUUGUAGGCUAGAUUAGUCAAAAUGCUAAAGGCAAAAGGCAGAUAACAUAAUCAGGAUAACCACAUGAGGUGAUGUACCAUAUGAGGUAAAUAUUCUACAUCUAACUUCACAAACUAAAAUAUUUAAAAUGAGGAUAUCCAUUGGGCCUCAGUUUCUCUUAGUGUUUUAAAUGUGUUUGUUAAAAAGCAACCAGGAGCUGCCUUUCCCUACCACAGGUUCAUUCCGAAACUCGAAAAUAAAUAUUUAGGCCUCUCAAAAAGCAACCAGGAGCUACAUUUCCCUACUUCAGGUUCAUUCUGAAACUCAAACGUAAAUAUUUAGGCCUCUCUAGGUUUAAAGUAGACCUUUUUUUAAGUUAGACAAAUCUUAUUUAAAAAUUGCUGGUGACUGAAUGUAGUAAAAACUAGAUUUUGAUACAUUAAAAUAUUUAGAUAUUCCCUUGAAAUCUUAGAUGGAAACCAUCCAAAUGUUGAAUAAAUAAAAUAUACCUGUUAUAGAUUUUGCACAGGGUGCAACAGUGCCCACAUUUCCAUAAUCUUAAUAGUUAGGUUUAUUUUUGUGUAGUCUUGCUGUCAGGGUUAGAAAGCUGUCAGCUCCUGAAUUAUUUUGGGAAUUUUGGGCAAAAUUUGACCAAUCUCCUGUCAGAUUGGGGAUUGACCACUGGUGUCAGAAGUGAUUUAAAGUCUAACGACAUGUCAAUUUGAUUGAUGUUUUGUGGAAUUUAGAUCAAUAUUUUGCAAAAUAAAAGCUUCUUUCCUCUUUAGUUUAUA